CAAAAUAAAUUAUAUUCAUUAAUUCAUUUGUAAAUUAUUACACACAACAAUUAUUAGAAAAUAUCAUCGCGUUAUAUAUACAAGCAAAUGUGCAAUAUGUCUCACAAAUCACGCCGUUUUCAGAACAUAAUGUUAUAGACAAAUUAAGUGGUCACUAGUGCAGUGCUUGCUAUUUUUAAUUUGUUUCUUUAUGUUUUCAAAAAACACAAAUUCGUCUAGAACACCGACCUACGUUCUUGAUAAUAUAAUGUUUAACAUUAUUUGGUUUGGAGCAUUGCUCUUGUUUGGCACCUGUUUAGCAAACCAACAAAAUCCAAGUAUUCUAGUGCAGCCUGGAGGUUAUUCGUCUAACGUUUUAUCUAUAAAUAUCAAUACUAAAAAAUGUAUUCAUACCGUUAGCGAUCAUUUCUUAAGUAUCGCACUUGAACCGUCAAUUAUAUUUUCGGCAUUGCAAAAAAACCUUGGGCCAACCACCAUUAACAUGGCUAAAAGCUUAAAUCCAGCGUACAUAAGAAUAUCUGGUCCGGAAUGCAAUUUUUUUAAGUUUCAAGGAGGUGAAGACAUUUUGAAAGUUUCACAAAUCCAUCCCGUAAGACAAGAAAGAAACAAUAUAACAAUUACUGGCUGGCACUGGUCACAGUUAAAUGAAUUUAUAGCCAAAACUGGAUUGGAUUUAAUUGUCGGUUUAAAUGUUAUGAAUAGACAACACGGGUCGUGGGAUCUUAGUAAUACCUUAGAUCUUAUAUCAUAUUCGGAUAAACAUGGUUACGAUAUGGCGUUUCAAAUUGGCAAUGAUAUUCAAACAAUUGGAUCGCGUAUCGAUGGUUUAUCACUUGGUAAGGAUGCAAACAGAUUACGUAAAGUACUUGAAGCGUUCCCUAGGUACUUGAAUUCACCAAUUAUGGGCCCUGAUAUUAGAUCGUGUGAAACUCAAGAAGAAGCUCGGUAUUUGAAGAAUUUUAUUAUAGAAUCUAGUCCUUCGCUUUCUGCAAUAUCAUAUCAAGUACCCUUUUCAAGUGAGAAAAAUGUUGAAAAUCCCGCCGAAAUAUUCAGUUAUAUACAAAAUCAAAUGGAAGCUCGAGUGUGGCAAAAAGAUUUGACAAACAAAUAUUUAGGAAAAAUAACCACGAAGAAACCAUUAUGGAUUGUAGAAUCAGGAAAUAAAGAUAGAAGAGGAGAUUUCAUAGAUGGAUUGGUUUGGGCACAAAGAUUAUGUGCAGGUGCUCGAGUUGGAAUAAAUACCAUUAUGAGAAAACCAUCGUUAUUAUCGCUUAGUGAACCGACUCCGGAUUAUUGGGUAUCAGUUCUUCACAAAGCUUUGGUUGGACCAGAAGUUUUAGACAUUAAGAUUUCGGCUGUAAACAAAACACGUGUAGAAACAGUUGCUCAUUGUACAAAAAUGUCACCGUACGAUCCCAACGAAGGAAUAUUAGCUCCUGAAUACCGAUAUAAUAGGGGUGCAGUUGUAAUUUUUGGUGUAAAUAUGGGAUCAGAAACAGUAAAAAUAUCAUUAAAAACAGGACAAGUACAAAGUUUACCAUUACACCAAUAUUUCUUGACUGCUAACAACAGGCGAACCAAAAGAGCAUUUAAGUCUUCAUCUACUAUGCUUAAUGGACAAAAGUUGAUUUUAUCACCUGACGGUGAUGUUCCAAUUAUAUCACCAAAAGUUCGAAUAUCCAACCAAUUGAUUACUAUUCCUAGUCAAUGCGUAUUUUUUUUAGUAUUACCGGACAGUAAAUCAAAGGCGUGUAUGGCGGUUCAGAUCGAAGAAUCGAAAGAGUCUUAUAAAAACGGUGUCAAGGUUUUAGAUCAAGAAGAGUUUGACGAAACCGAUUACAAUACACCAGUAUUAGAUCAAGAAGACGAAUCGGUAUCAAACGAAAAACAAAUGUAUGUUGCAUUCCGACCUAAAUAUAUCAAAACUAAUGAUGAUUCUAUGGUUGAAAGGCAAGAAGUCAAUAAUAUCCAAAAUUCUCAACAAAACAAUGAAGGCUCUUCUAAUAUUGAAAACUUACAACAAUCUGAACCAUUGAUAAAAUAUGUCACUUUUUCUAAUAAUAAUUGGCUUUCAAAAUUCCCCAAAACACUAAAUAAUCGAGAAUAUUCUGAGGAGCCUUUGACAUUUUCUUCAACUGAAACUGCCACAGUAGAAAUACAAACAGAAAAAAGUCCACUACCUCCUCAAAGUAGAAGAGAAAAAUAUCACAUUCUUGCACAAGCAGUUGCUGGUAAAAGAUAUCCAGAGAAAAACUUCAGAUCAGAUUUAUAUUCUAAUUUAGAUUCUGCUUUAUUGUCUCUUAAACCUUCUCAGAAGUUAAAAUUAAUAAAAAGAUCAGCAGAUGACACAGAUUUUAGUUCAAGAGAAUUAGAUGCAAUUAUUAAAGAAUUUACAAACAAAGAAAUACUGCCAUUGGACCCAUUUUUAAAAACUGAUCAAUCCUCUUCUGAAAUAUCUUUUAAAUCUAACGAAGAUCGUUUUAAUGCACAUGACCGUAUUAAAAACGAAUACACAGUAAUAAACACUGAACUUCCUGAUGUGAAAAAAUCGGAACUUACUUCACACACAGCACAACAAAUUACGAUUACAUCAACUCCUUCAAUGUCAACUGCAGUUGUAGAUAAACAUGCAAAACACGAAAGCCAUGUUCAAAAAAUUAAAACCAGGGCAGAACAAGCUUUAGCUAAAGCAAAUGAAAAAACUUCUCAAAAAAUUAAAGGGAGAAGACAGCAAGAUAAAUUUAAAGAUGAAGUCAAAGAUCCUACUCUACAAGACUCAAUAAGCGAAAAGCCGGUUGUUAAAAGUACAAAGUCGAUCACUGAAAAUUCAAUGAUAGCAAGUACAAAAUCAAUAGCUGGAAAGUCGUCUCUUAUGACAAGUACACAAUCAAUGACCACCAAUACAGAGUUGCCGAGUAACGAGAACAUAACUAACUUGGCUGAAAAAUUAAGAUAUAAUCGUCAAACAAAUAGUACAACUACUGAUGGAAAUUUGAAAAUAGGAAGACCUCGAAUCAAUUUGAAAUCGAAAAAAUAUAUCAACCUUUUAGACUUGGAAAAUGCCAAGACUACUCCAAUAAGUCCUUCUCCAAUAACCGAAAUAACUUAUUUUGAACCUAGCACUACAGAAAUGUCUACCAAAAAGACCACAAAGUUGAGGACUUUUACAUUUAAACCAAAAACUUUAAAUUUAACUAAGCCUCGAGUUAUUGAUAUAGCAGAAAUAAAAAAUGGCAAAUCAAUAAUAAGAGAAAGUCGUGAAACAACACAACAACCAUUACAAAAAUUGAAAAUCAAACCAGCUAUACAUCCUUUAGGAAAAGUAAAGACUCCACCAAAUGUCGAUAUGGAUCAAAUUGUGACUAACGAAAAAAUCACGGAAAGAUUAGUCGAAAAUCUUAGGGAUGGAAAAAAAAUAUUACAAUCCGAACAUAUUGUCAGCCCAAUAGAUAAAAAUGAAGAUAGUAAACUUGAAAGUAAAACAUCAGCAGCUGUUAAAAUUAAAGCGUUAGAAGAAAAAUUAAAAAAUCGUAGAAUGGAAAUAGAACAAAAAAUUCACCAAAAAAUUCACAAGGUUAAACGGUCAUUGAAAAACAACAUAAUUGAAAAUGACAUAAUGGAUAUUAAUGAUAUUUUGAAUUCCGAUAGAUCCAAUGAACUUGACAUAAAUAUUGAGCCAGCGUUGAAACACGAAAUUAUUAGGUAUCCCCGGUCGGUGGCUGACUUUACAGUUAAGCUGAAUGAAGUGAAUACAUAUGUUGACAAAAUAAAGCAUACUAUAGAUCCAAAAAUCAAUGAAGUCACAGAAGACAGCUUGAUGGACUGGAAAAAUAAAAACGAAAUGAAUAUUUUGUCAGAAGACAGUGGGCUUGAUAAUAUAAACAUUAAAUUAAAACGUAAAUCUAUUUUUGAGGAUAUAGAUGAGGACGAUUAUAGUAAAACAACUAUUAAUAUGGUUAAUAAAUUGAUUGGCCAUAUGCAGACAUUUUGGAAAUAUUUAAAAAAAACUUUCCAAUUUUAAACCUAUGU